AUGAAUAUAGGUCCUGGUGCUGUAACUGUGAGCUACUCUGCAGAGAUGUCAUCUGCCCAGGCCCCGCCCCUCCACUGUCCCACUUGUCUGCAGCUUUGCCCUGCCCCCGUGUGGCUCCCCUGUGGCCACGCCUUCUGUCCCCAGUGUCUCCAGAGCAUGCACCAGGGCCUGGACCGGCACUGCUGCCCUCAAUGCAGAGCGGAGUACCACCCGCACUACUGCUACUGCUACUGGUACUGCAACAACCUCUGCAACGACCACUGCAACGACCACUGCAACGACCACUGCAACGACCCAAACCCUAACAGCCACCACCAUAUGGGACCCGGCCGAUCCAACAUCCAGACUUCACCCGCUGUCAAAGGCACUGAUGCAGAGUUGGAGAGGCUGGGGAAGGAGUUUCGAGGGAGGUUCACAGAGGUCCAGAGGGCGUUGAGGAACGCCUUUAACCCAUCUGAGGUGACCUUUGACCCAGAGACGCUGCACCCAAACCUGCUGCUGUCGGACGACCUGAAGACGGUGACGUUCAGCGCCAAGAAACAAGAGUACGCAACGACAGGGAAGAGGUUCUCCAGCUUCUUACAGGUCCUGAGCACUCAGAGCUUCAGCAGCGGUCAGCACAGGUGGGAGCUGCAGCUGGACGGCGCCCCCUGGAUUGUGGGCAUGUGUGUUGCGUCCGCUCUGCCACGCUCCGGUCUGCCCUCAGCCCUUGAGACCUGUCCCCAGUCCUGGUGCCUCAUGUGGAAUCAAAACCAGUUGACCGCCUUUGACCGCAGCAAGGCCACCGCACUGCAGAAAAGUCCGGGAGCGGCCCGAAGACUGGAGCUGAUCCUGGACCGAGAGGCCAAGUAUAUCAGCCUGCACCAGCUCACUCAGACCACAGGGAGGUGCCACUUACACAGCUUCAACAUAUGCACAGAAGAACCACUGCAUCUGGCCUACAGAAUGUUAUCAGGAGACAAGGGAUCAAAUCCUCCCAUCACCGCCUCACAGAGCUGCCUCCAGCAAACAGGCGAUGAAAUCAUGUUGCCCACUGUGACGGCGGUGGUCCGGUUUGCUCAGUACAAUGGCAGCGUGUCGCCCUGGUAUGAAAACUCCUCCGUGUUUCCAAGUCUGUCUCCGGAUUCUCAAAGCAACAUCUCCAAACCUCACCGCUGUCUCCAAGUGCUUUAUGAGGACAUUGGACAGUCCAGGGUUCGUUACUGGGACCUGCUCCUGUUGAUUCCAAACGUCACAUUUUUUGUGUUUCUCAUGUGGAAACUUCCUUCAGCUCGAGCCAAGAUCAGAGUAACCUCCAGCCCCAUCUUCAUCACCUUCUACCUUCUGGUGUUUGUCGUAGCAGCAGUGGGCAUCACCCGAGCCAUUGUGUCUAUGACGGUCAGCGCCUCCAGUGCAGCAACCAUCAUCGAUAAGGUGUUGUGGGAGAUCACUCGUUUCUUCCUCUUGGCCAUUGAGCUCAGUGUGGUCAUCCUGGGACUGGCUUUUGGUCAUCUGGAGAGUAAGUCGAGCAUAAAGAGGGUUUUGGCGAUCACCACAGUCCUGGCUCUGGGCUAUUCCAUAACACAGGGCACUCUGGAGAUCCUGUACCCGGACAGCCACCUCUCUGCAGAAGACUUCAACAUCUACGGACACGGAGGACGGCACUUCUGGCUCGCCUCCUCCUGCUUCUUCUUCCUGGUUUACUCUUUGAUUGUGAUUCUGCCCAAAACUCCGGUGAGAGAGCGGAUCUCGCUGCCGUCAAAGCGCAGUUUCUACGUGUACGCAGGGAUCCUGUCUGUGCUGAACCUGGUGCAGGGCGCGGGCAGUGCGCUGCUGUGUGCGGGCGUCAUCCAGGGGCUGUGCUGUGUGGACGUCACCACCUUCCUCUACUUCUCGGCGUUUGCUCCUCUCAUCUACGUCACGUUCCUCAAAGGGUUCUUUGGCUCGGAGCCGAAGAUCCUGUUCUCGUACAAGUCUCAGGUGGACGAGCCGGAGGACAGCGACGUCCAGCUGCCUCCCACUGUGGCCUCGCACUUCCACAGACGUGACCUGGACCAGGGCCUGUACUACUCCUCCACCCAGAUUGAUGGCUCCUCGCUGGGCCGGGCGCAGCCACAGAUGGGGGCCAACCUGGACGACGUGGCGUCCGGACCCUACGGCAGCAGCGGCAGCGUGGACGAGCGCUGGAGGCCGAUCAACGCCUGA